GUCCUGCCUCCAGCUCCUCCUGUCCCAUCUGUGAAGCUGCUGCACAAAGUGCACCUCCCUCUCCUGCUCUCCACGUUGCUCUCCUGCUGCUCCUCGCUGUGAGACUCCCAGAGCUCUGCGUUGUCUGCAGCAGUUCAGAGGAACAUGAUCACAGGACCAGCUGGAUAAAGUUAUUUCCAUGGAAAGAAAAGCUCCAAGUGCAGGACCAUGGGAUAUGGCCAAAUCCUCCACCACCACGGGAGAGAGGAGGACCGGGUCAACCUCAACGUGGGAGGGGUGCGGCACAAAGUGGAUCCGAGCACGCUGCUCCGUUUCCCCCAGACCCGCCUGGCCCGCUUGCUGCUCUGCCAGAGCGAGGCGGCGAUCCUGGAGCUGUGCGACGACUACAGCCCGGCUGAGAAGGAGUACUACUUUGACAGGAACCCCCGGGUCUUCCUCUGUGUGCUCAACUUCUACAACACGGGACGCAUUCACAUGAUGGAGGAGCUCUGCAUCUUCUCCUUCAGCCAGGAGAUCGAGUACUGGGGCGUCCACGAGCUGCACCUCAGCUCCUGCUGCCACAACUUCUACCACGAGAGGAAGGAGUACAUCGAGGACCGGGACUGGGACUUGAGGAGUGACGACAACCACGAGCCGAGCUUCGACUCCUCCUUCGAGGAGCUCUCCGCUCUGGAUAAAGACCUCGCCAAGUUCAAAGGCGCGUGGUGUUCAGAAGUGCGGAGCUACAUCUGGCUCAGGCUGGAGGAUCCGGGCCACUCCAGAGCCUCCAAGAUCAUUGCGGUGGCUUCCCUCAGCGUCGUGUUGACCUCCAUUGUCGCCAUGUGCGUCCACAGCAUGCCCGAGUUCCAGCGUGUGGACGACAACGAGAAGCCCAUCGAGGACCCCGUCCUCUCUGUUCUGGAGCAGAUAUGCAUCGCCUGCUUCUCCGCAGAGUUCAUCGUCAGGCUGAUUGUCGCGCCCUCCAGGAAGAAGUUCCUCGGCAACCCCUUGAACAUCAUCGACGUCGCUUCCAUCGUGCCGUUCUACGCCACGCUGGCCCUGGAGACGAGCGACGAGGAGGGCGCGGAGGAGAACGAGGACUUGGAGAACGUCGGGAGGGUGGUGCAGGUGCUGCGCCUCAUGAGGGUUCUCAGGAUCCUCAAGCUGGCUCGUCACUCCAUUGGACUGCGAGCGCUGGGUGCCACUGUCCGUCACAGCUACCAGGAGGUGGGUCUGCUCAUUCUCUUCCUCUCGGUGGGAAUCUCCGUCUUUUCCGCACUCAUCUACUUCGCCGAGAAAGAAGAGAAACACACCGAUCUGGGAACCAUCCCUUCGGGCUGGUGGUGGGCCAUGAUCACCAUGACCACAGUUGGUUACGGCGACACGUGUCCCGUGACGCUGGCGGGGAAGUUAGUGGCAACCUUGUGCAUCAUCUGCGGCUUGCUGGUGGUGGCUCUGCCCAUCACCGUCAUCUUCAAUAAGUUCUCCAAGUACUAUCAGAGGAACAAAGCCAUGGAGGGCCGGGGCAUCACCAAGCCUGAGAGACAAGACCCCGAGCUGCCCUAUUACAACAUCAAAGAGCUGUUCACAGGAAGUGUGUACCCCUUCAUAGGAAGCAUCGCCUUCAGGAACAGCGAGAGCAGCGGCGGGGACGACACGGACGCCUCCAGCCUCCAGGACAUCGAAGCGUACGAUAACAUUUGUGAAAAUGGGCCGACAAAAUGAGAUUCCUGCCAUAUCACUCUCUUUAUGACGGGAAGACUCUAUGUGGCUCAGAGGGCUGAGCGUCCCUUUACCUUCCCGCUCUGCCUUCCUCCUGCAACUUGACAGAGAAAUAUGUUGGACGUUUUUUCUCUCUUUUUUUGUUGGCUUGUGAAAAAUACAAUGUCACUAAAACCAGGAAAUCUAAAGGGAAUUAUCCGAGCCAGGCUCUGAGGUCUGAAAGCCCAUUUUCUGCUUGAGAAAACUGCAACGAUGCAUGUAGGAGGCCGUAAUGUUAAUGUUUUUCAAAGUAAUGUCCUUUAUUGAUUUGUCUGCUCGCUGCAAGUUCAAACUGAGAGUUCGCUCGAUGCAAGAGGCUAGAAUGACAACGACGGCUAAAAAUCAGAACGUGGGUCUGAGGCAGCCUGCAUGACUAAAAACAAAUCCACUUUUGAGAACGAGUAAUGAAAAUAGUUAUGUUAUAGUUCUGUCGUUGAUGCUGAUGAAUAGUUUGCUCCUGUUUGUUUGAUCACUGUGAAAAAGUCCAGGUUGUUUCAGUUUGUGAAGCUGUUUCAACGUGUUGAGGAGAAACUCCUCUGAAUGUGAAAUAAAUCUCAGAAGAAAGCUGUUUCUUCUGUGUGGCCAAAAGCUGAGUUACUUCUUUCAG